UGUGCCCAGUUGCUCAUUUUGCCAAGACAAGUAGCUAGAGAAACGCCAUUUGGAAAAAUGACAAGAAAGCUGCCCCCGAUUUCUUCAUCUCAGCCCCAGCCUACAACUUCCCGCUCUGUCCCCUCAUACUCUCGUUUCCCAACGCAUCUUCCUCCCCUGCCUCCGAAAACUUCUGGCUGUCAGACUGUUCCCCAGUGCCGUCCACUUCCCUCAGUUUACAGCCCUACCUCUUUCCCACCUCUGACUAGAGCCAUCCCUUCUUGCUACCCUACCUUACCAGUUUCCCUGCCCAGCUCUUCCUCUGUUCCUUCCAGACCACCCCCUCGCCGCUCUGUUCAUCUCACACCUCUUUCCUGUUACUGUUUUGUCUUGGCUCCUACUCCCCCUCCUAGCCCUUCUUUCUAGAUCCUUGGAGUCGGGUUCUCCCCAGCACUCCAACCAGCCCCAACCAGACCUCCAUGAUUCACAAAUCUCAUCCUGGAGGAAUGGUUUCCCAGCAAGUGGGACAGUUCUGGUACAGUCCAUAGGUGCUAGGACUGUGGAUCCCCAGGAGCCUGACCUGAUGAACAUCGGGAAUUUGAGAGAAUGGCCAGCCAACAUCCAUUUUGCAGGUUGGUUUCCGUGACCUAGGUCUCUGCAUCUGCUUCCAAUUGAGAUGGUAACACAGAGAUUUCAAGAGAAAUCUGCAACCUCAGACACUGGAUGAGAAACUAGAGGGCCAGUCCUCUUCAGCUUUUUCAAUACAUAGUUGGGGAGUUUAGAAGCACACUGAUGGCUUGGAAUGGCCCAAGGAAAUGACUGUCCAAGGUGAGGAUCAAUCAAGCCCAUUACCUCCGGGGUCUGCCGCUGGACGGCAUCCUUUCCUGACGGUAUGCAGGGGCGGUCCUAGUACCCAGGGUCUUGAGAAGCUGGGGAAGGAGAUGGCAGUCUCCCCGCACCUGCAAGCCAUCCAGGGCAGUGAGAAGUAGUUGGACGGAUCUGAUCGGAGCCCCGCCACAGUCAUGGCCGGUCGCCAAAAGGAGGUGAUCAUCGAUGAGGUCCAUCAGAACCAGAUCCUGCGCGAAUUGUACCUCAAAGAGCUUAGAACCCAGAAACUCUACACAGAGUACCACGUGAAUCCCCUCCGCAAGGUUCACACAAUCACCAGAAAGCCCAUGUCUUGGCAUGAUAACCUGGAGGAACCUGAAGAUGCCAGGUUUCUAAAUCUUCUUCACCAUGCUGCCCUGGGGCCAAGGAAGAAAUACCCAGAGACACAGACUGAAAGCCAAGAAAUCGGAUGGGACUCAGAGCCCUUGAAUAAGAAAAGAAAAAGAAAAAAGUGGAAUAGAUGGACAGGCAAACAGAAAGGAAUACGAUGGAAAUUACAUCCAGUUUCCCGUAAAGUCAAACUAUGAAGUACUUUAUAGUCUGUACCUAAGCAGGUGGAGAGACUUGUGUUCCUCUAGAGCACAGUUGGUGAGUUCGCCAGGGGUUGGUGUAACAACUCCAUUUCUCCACUAGAUGGUGCUGCUUAGCUUACUGGGGUGGAUUGUUGUGGCACGUGUGUAUAUGCAUGUGCAGGAGCAGUGAAAAUUGUGUCACCCAGCUACCCAGUCUCUAGUAUCAGAACUCUGUGCUCGCCCACUGGCAAUCAAGCACCCCUCCUUUGUCUCCAGCCUCCACCCACUCCCCACUACUUCCCUGUCCUUAACCAAGUCGUCAGCCUACCAGGCGGCACCUCCAUCCUGAGUUUUAUCUCGAUGGGGCUGUGUUUCCAAACCCCUCACUUCUGAGGGCCCUGUGGUUUUGACCCAUUCAGACCCUCUGGGGGAGGGUCUCACAGAGUAGUGGCCAAGUGCUGGCCACCCCUCGGAAUGCUCACAUGACCGUGCCACUGCAUUUGCCCAGAGACGGCGGCUGGGUGCCAGCCGCCCCAGGAAAAGUUCACACAGUUGUGUAGCAGCAGCAUUUCAGGGUUUAUGGAAA